CAGGUAGUUAACAAAGAAAGGACAUUUUAAACCAAGCAACACCUGGCCCACAUUCAGAUCAAGUUAUUUUCUGCUGGAGUAUUAUCAGCAGAUCCUGGUGACACCUGUGGCUCCAGAGACCAGAACAGCAUCUUUUAUUUUGCCCCUGAGCCCUGAUAACCUCUGUGCCCACUUGAAACUCCUUCACAGGCCCUCUGUGGAGCAGCCAGCCCAGGAGGGCUGAGGGGGCUGCGCGGAAUUUUCUAGAAUGCCCUGAGGGGCGCCAGCUGCGCUGAGAGGAGGCAGCUGUGGCCGGGGCAGGUGACGGAAGGGGGGCACCUGGGCACUGCCCAGCAGCCCUCAGUGAGCUGUGGAAGGAUCAGCGGCAGCCUGAGGAGGAAAGCAACAAGUUUCUUCAAUUUUUAUCCAUUUUCCGUCACAUAAAGCGGCUGAUGGGCUGUGGAGACUAUGAACCAGGAAAGAUAUACAGCCAGUGUCACCGUCUUGAAAGCUGAAGGCCUGCUAUGUGCAGGAUGACAGUGGUCAGUGACUGCAGCUCACCUAAAGAAUGCUGGCUAUUGCAGAAUUGUCAUGGAAAAGAAGUUGUUGUCUUCUGUGCUGGAUCACAUGAAGAAAGCUCUUCUUCACCAAAUCCAUCUCAGAAGCUGUCCCUGAUAAGAAAUAGCAUGGUGUCAUUGCAUCAGCCUUCUAAAUCAGAAAUCUCUUGUAUCAUCGGCUCAAGCUGCUCAUGGGUGACGUCAACAGACAGUUUUGGAAAACCAGACUGGGUGUUAUCUUCGGUUGGUGUCCUGGUGUCUCAGGACAGGCAGCAGCUGCUUCUGGAAAACAGUUCCUCCCGUGGAGAUAUUGAAGGGGACAUUUUCCUCCUGAACACCAGUAGGCUACCAGAUAGAUGUGAGUUCAGCCUACAUAGCCCCAUCCUGCCUGGGAGCGUGGACUCUUGCUUGCUGGAACUGGCCAUAUAUUCACAGGAUGCUGUUCCUCUCCUCCAGAGGUUCACAGCUGAAAUCAGAUAUGUGGACACAAACAGAAAUAUAAUAAUUUCUCUGAGAGUUGGCCAUGAGGAGGAUGCCGGGAUGAAAUGGAAAUCCGUGAUGGCCCAGGUCGGCCGUAUAGAAAGACCUUUUAAAAUCACCUUGCUGUAUUCAAACUGUGGAGCACAAGAGGUUGGACUGCUGGCAGUGGGCUCCUUGAAACUCAGAAACUGCUUUCAUGACAAAGAAAACCAAGAUCUUUCUCUAUAUGACAAAGGUUCAGCUUUCCCUUGCCUUCAUGGAGGCUGUGUUAGCCACCUACAAAUCUGUGAAUUCAUCAGUGAUUGCCCUGCCAAAGAAGUGGAAGCUGUGAGGUGUGAUAGUCUCCCAGAGGGCUCACAUUGCUCUUUUGAAGAGGGUCCAUGUAGCUGGACGCUGAAUGAAACUACAGCAUCUCCUUGGUCUAUCAGGGGCUUUACUGAAAUGAUUCAAGGUCAUUCAUUUGUAGGGUCUACCUUGCAAACCACUGAAGGACACUUCCUCUAUCUGCGAGCAGAGAGCAAUCACACAAGUGGUAUGGCCAAGGCUUACAGUACCAGUUUACCAGCAAGUAUUACCACUGAAGAUUACCAGAUCCAGUUCUCAGUGCAUGUUUUUGGCAGCUACAAUGGUACUGUCUCCUUCUCUGUCAGCGAAGAGAUAAAUGGAGCUCCAAUAACCUUGCCAAUGUGGGAAAGAGCAGGGAGCUGGAGUGAUCACUGGUUUCUAGUCACUUUACCAAUGCCAGUGCUUCAAAAUCGGUUUAAGCUGCAACUCCUGGCAACUUGGGGCUGGAAUUCCCAGGCUGACAUCGCUAUCGACAAUAUUACGUUUGGACUGGACUGCUUCAAUGACGGAAGACAAACAAAUCAUUUCAGUGGGAAGCGACAGUACCCACGGGAGAUUAGUAUCCCCGACGAGCAUCUUCUGAAUCCCCUGGAAGAGCCUUCCCUCCCAGGGGACACAUCUGUUGUUCUCUGGUGGUUCACAACAUGUGGUGCUAGUGGUCCACACGGGCCAACUCAAGCUCAGUGUGACAAUGCCUAUAAGAACAGCAAUGUGUCGGUGACAGUGGAGAAAGAGGGCAGGCUUCGAGGAGUGCAAGUCUGGAGAGUGCCAGCCACAAACCGAUACAGGAUUUCUGCCUAUGGAGCGGCUGGAGGGAAGGGAGCCAAAAACCACAAUAAGAGGUCCCACGGGGUCUUCAUCUCAGCCACCUUCCAGCUGGAGAAAGACGAGCUGCUGUACAUCUUAGUGGGGCAGCAGGGGGAAGAUGCCUGUCCUGGGGCCAAUCCUCAAACCCAGAAGAUCUGCUUAGGGGAGUCAUCUCUCAUUGAAGAAGAUUAUAAAAAAAGAAAAGACCUGAAGGACUGGGCUGGAGGAGGGGGUGGUGGAGGAGGAGCAACCUAUGUCUUUAGACAGAAGGAUGGGAUUUUCGAACCUUUGCUCAUCGCAGCAGGAGGAGGAGGAAAAGCCUACCUGAAGGCUCAGGACAACUCCCUGGAUGAUGUACCACUGGAGCAAUUUGAGAACAGCACUGCAGUACCUGGAGUCAAUGGGAGGACUGGGGCAGCAGGUGGAGGUGGUGGCUGGCAAGAUGUGACUCUGCUUCCUCAAGCUGGAAAGUCCCUUCUGGAAGGUGGAGAAGGGGGGCAAGCUUGUCCCCAAGCACUAGCCAAACUCCAGUGGGCCACCUCUGGUGGUUUUGGUGGGGGAGGAGGAGCUUGUACUUCUGGUGGAGGAGGUGGAGGCUACAGAGGGGGGCAUGCCUCUGACAGCGAUGAUAUGCUGGCUGGUGGGCAGGAUGGCAUCUCUUUUGUGAACCCCAUUGGAGAGAUCUUCUUGCAUCCCCUGGCAGCCAUGGAGAGUCAUGGUGAGGUGGAGGUUCAGAUCUAUCUUAACUGUAGCCACUGCCACUCAGACAACUGUAAGAGGGACCCUGACACCAACCUGCCAGUCUGCCAAUGUGAGAUAGGGGCUGUGCUAGCCAACGACAAUGUCACCUGCACUGUGCCACAGACUCACAUCCCAGAGGGACACCUGCCUCUCCCACUCCUCCUAGCUGUGGUGGCUGUGAUUGUAGUGCUUGGAAUGAUCCUCACUUGUGGUAGCCUCUCUAUCAUUUAUCACCUUAAGAAACAGCAGCUGGAAGGAGCCAGAGCACGACUGCAGAGCCCAGAAUAUAAACUGAGCAAAAUCCGCACAUCAGCCAUCAUGACAGAUUACAACCCUAACUACUGCUUCGCAGGGAAGGCUGCCUCUCUGAGUGAGCUGAAGGAGAUCCCACGGAAGAACAUCUCUCUGCUGCGGGCGCUAGGACAUGGUGCAUUUGGUGAGGUUUAUGAGGGAACAGUGGUAGGCAUUGCUGGAGAUCCCAAUCCUCUUCAAGUGGCUAUCAAGACACUGCCAGAAGUCUGCUCUGAGCAAGAUGAGAUGGAUUUCCUGAUGGAAGCACUGAUUAUCAGCAAGUUCAAUCACCAAAACAUUGUGCAGUGCAUCGGUGUUAGCCUACAGACGCUGCCUCGCUUCAUUCUGCUUGAGCUUAUGGCUGGAGGAGAUAUGAAGAGUUUUCUUCGGCAGAACCGACCCAGGGUGAAUCAACCACCCACACUAACAAUGCAGGACCUGCUGAACAUAGCUAGGGAUAUUGCCUGUGGCUGUAAAUAUCUGGAAGAGAAUCACUUCAUCCACAGGGAUAUAGCUGCAAGGAAUUGCCUUUUGACCUGCACUGGGGCAGGACGAAUAGCCAAAAUUGGUGACUUUGGGAUGGCCAGGGAUAUUUACAGAGCAAGUUACUAUCGCAAAGGAGGAAGAGCUAUGCUUCCUGUCAAGUGGAUGCCACCAGAAGCUUUUCUAGAGGGUAUUUUCACCUCCAAGACUGACACCUGGUCCUUCGGUGUGCUGCUCUGGGAGAUCUUCUCUCUGGGCUACAUGCCCUAUCCUUGCAAAACCAAUCAGGAAGUGCUGGAGUUUGUCACCAGUGGAGGAAGAAUGGACCCACCAAAGAACUGUCCAGGGCCAGUGUACCGGAUCAUGACACAGUGCUGGCAGCACAGCCCAGAGUACCGGCCAAACUUCUCCACCAUCCUGGAAAGAAUCAAGUAUUGCACACAGGACCCUGAUGUGAUCAACACCGAGCUGCCCGUGGAGUGCAGCCCAGCACCAGAGGAUGAAGGGAGCACGGUUAUGCGCCCAAACAUUUCCAGUGGGAUGGUGCCGCUGCUGGUGAGCCCUUCUCUCACACCUCAGACAACACCUAAAAUGCUGGACUCCCACCAUGCUGGGCACAAACUUGUACAGUGUCCACAAGAGCUACUGGUGGAGAACCUGAGCAACCGGACUGCUCGAGGACCCAGCCUGCCAUGCCUCAGUGAUUUCAACAGUGGGUCCUGGAUCCAUCAGACUUCAAACCAGAAGUUAGAACUCAGCAAUCCACCAACCCACAGACUGAAGAACAAAACAAAAAACCUUUGGAACCCAACCUAUGGAUCAUGGGUGCUAGAGAACAUCUGUCACUUGAGCCCCACCUCCAAGCUGAAAGCAACUCCAGAGCGAGAAGAUUCAGGCUUUGAUGGGAACUGCAGCUCUUCUCCUAGUUCUCGGGCAUCUCCAGCAUCUCCAAGUCGAAGCAACUGCCCUCACUUGGAUAUUGGUGGGAUUGAACUGGUGAAACUCCAGACUUUCCCCUGUGGCAAUGUAAAUUAUGCCUACGAUGAUCUGUGCUAUAGCACUGACCACCAGCCAUCAGUUUUGGCAGGGGUCAGAGCAGCUGUGCUAAGGAGCUCCAGUCUGCAUACAGAUGAGAAGCCUUUGUACAAAACAGAGAAAACAGCAAGAGAGAGGGACUCUGGUCUGUCUUUGUCAGAUGACCUGAAUGUUACACCAGUAUAACAGAAAAGAUUCUUCCAAAGAUCAGGGAACAUGCGUGUCAGGAAGAGCAAACUUGAACUGCUUCCUAUUUUAUUUACUUCCUCCAUUUAAGUUCUUUCAGAUGGGUGAUGUUUCAACAUCAGCAAUGAUCUGCUUCUUUCUUCUACCUGCCAGAUUCCCAAAUCAUUAAAGACAGUUGCAUUUCUAUUUCUGUCCAUCAAGAGUGUUCCACUGGACCAGCUUAGCUAUGGAGGACAAACGGCAUUGCUGCUCUGAUUCAGAAUACAACACCUAAUGGAAGAAUUCCUCCUCAAUCUGCUCAGGUGAAAAGAAACAGACCUAUCAUCCAACCACAGUGUUUGGAUGAAACAAUGACCAACAGAGGUUGCCCUUCUGUCUGACUUAUGAAACCAAAAACGCAUGCUGUGCCAGCAGCAACCACCGUGCAAAGGCUUCUAUAUUCCCUAGAGCUUUUUGCCAUCCUGAUGACUUGCUAAUGAUGCUCAUGCAGCAACAGGGAUGUAAAUAAAUAGCAGCUACAUUUGCAUCUGUUUCAUUAGCAGACCAUGUGGAAAAACAUGAAGCUACUGCUCAAAUUGGAAGCAGCAGGAAGAAUGAAAAAAAAAAUCCAGGAUCCUCUGAGCAUGUGUUUUGAAAACAAGCGAUGAAGAGGAAAAUACAUUUACUAUUAAAAAAAAUAGUUGGAGUUGAUGGCAUCCAUUUGAAUAGUGAAGAAAAUAUGCUGUUUACCUCAUGGUGUUGAGUUCUUCACAGCUCCUGGUGUGGAAGGGGCAGGUGGUUUUCCAAGAAAGGGUGAGCUGCAUGGGAUGAUGAAAAAUGACUGUCAUUAUCUUUAAUGGACUUUUCUUGGGAUGAACUUCAUUUUUGUAAGUACUUCAAUAUACAGCAGUAAUUUCCUGUGCUAUGUUGAUAAUCAUUAAGCUGAAGUUCUAGGGUAACUGAGUAGUGUUUGGCAGGCUGGAGUUGUAAUCCGUACACCUCUGAGGUAGGAACCGGGGUAAUGCAAGGGGGUGGGGGUAGAGUGAAGGGGAACCCAUUUAGUGCAAGCACUACCUUACAGUGCUCCUUCCACAGCAAGACAGAAUAGCUCAACCACUUGAGAAAGCUAAAGCCAUGCCUUGGCUUCACACACCUGAGCAGACUGUCAUUUCUUCUAGCCUUUGACUUGCUGGUUAAGGAAGCUGUUGUUUGUUCUGAAGAGAGAUGAUUUCUAAGGCUUUCUUCUGCUGUUUAGGGUCUAAACUGAUGUUUACUGGUUAAUGCCUGCAGAACAAGGAGACUGAAAAAGUAAAUCAUUUUGAUUAAGCCAGAA